UUUGUAAUGGAUGUGUGGUGUUUGUUUGUCUCGAGUGGAUUAACUUUUUCAUUAUUAAGUAGUUUUAAAGAAUAGUGUAAAUAACGACCAGUGUUCAUCGUGUUCCGAAAUCAUUCUUCGUAUCGAUGUUAUAUCGUGUUUCACUUUUGUCCGCGUGUCGAUCGUCUCUGAUCGCCACGCCACUUCAGCAACAACAGAGCGCUUCGGACACGAUCUCGCGUAUCCCGUGAGUUAACAGGCGUCGUUAUUAAUUUCCCACGCGCGCGUGUUACAAUUUUGGACUUAAACGCGGAACACGUACGAUGAGAACGCGUUGAUCCUUGUCGCGAGCGUGCAGCGCGGUGUGAAACUGUCUUCGUUGCGCGCGCAACGCGUGCUGUUGACCCAUCGUCAUGGCAACCGUGCGACGAGUCUACACUCGUCCAAGGUGGAUGGACUGCGGCCUGACGCGACCGAACAGAAGUCAGUACACGCGCGGACGUCAAGCCGUAUGUUCAUGUUCUCUCUGUGCGAAAUCGGAGUGACGUUUGACUUUGCUUGCGUCGUUCGUACUGCCGGUUUAGAGUGCUUGUGUUUUCUGUAUCACUGGACGAGAGGGGGAUCCUUAAGGCCGGCAUUCAUCGUGGCUAGACAGAUCAUGGAGUGACUGUUCGUCGAUCGCACAAAUAAGACCAGGCCAUCAUGGACGUUGAGGCAGCGCUGCUGGAGAACUCUCCAACACUGUCGACGAUCUCGUCGGAUUGCACCGACACCACAUAUUCCGGCCCCGGCUCGCCCUAUUCCCCGGAAUCGCCGAUCAUCGUCACCUCCUCGUACAAGAAGACAAAGGAUGACGAGAUCACGCCUAGACCGACGCCCAGGCACCCGCUACCGCCCCGGAAGCCCAACUUCCGGAUACGACCGCCCUACCUUAUGAUCUGCAUCAGCAUCAUAGAGAUAGCCGUUCACUGCCUGGGAGACGAGGCGACGUUGCGCAGGUGGUUGGUCUACGAUCCACGUCAGAGGGUGCAGGGCUGGAGGUUCGUCUCGUACAUGCUGCUGCACUCGAACGCGCUUCACCUUGCGUUGAACGUAGUCAUCCAACUGGUGCUCGCCACUCCGCUCGAGGUGGAACAGGGUCGAAUAGGGGUGGCAACGAUCUACUUAGGAGGUGGUGUUUGCGGAGCCCUUGGAGCAUCUCUUCUCCAACCGAGCCUCUUCUUGGUCGGCGCUUCUGCGGGUGUCUAUGCUUUACUUACCAGUCAUCUGGCGCAUCUCUACCUGUGUCACGGAGAACUCCGCUACGCCGGCUGGCGUCUAGGUGCCGUGUUACUCUUAGCAAGCGCAGACGUCGCGUCACUUCCAAUUCCAGCACUGCUCGGUUGCGGUAGAGUCGGUUGGGCAGCUCACGUGGCUGGCGCCCUGGCAGGGCCACUCCUAGGCCUGGCAGUGUUCCCGAAUCAAAGCAAGAAAGACGCUAGAGGACGAAGAUUCGUGAGGUUCGUGCGACUUCUAAGCGCGAUCAGCGUGAUGCUGCUCGUGGUUGGCGCCAUUUUAGGCAACAUCUACGUGAUCGCGUUGCCACAGCUGAGGAAGCCCUCCUGACAGAGGAUCGAGCUGCUCGUCAAGCUCUGCAGACGGUCCUUCCUCAUCGUCAAGAUCAGAGAGGCCGCCGAGAGCGUUUUCGAGUAGGAAAUCGCGCAACUCGCUGGCAAUGGGAAAAUUUUUACGACGUUGCUCGGACCCAGGGAAAGAAAUGAUCGUCGUCGAAGUUGGGAUCGCGUGAAAUUAUGAGAAAAGAAAAAAGAAAAAAAAGAAGGAAGAAAAAGGAACAGAAUUGGAAGAUAACGUUAAAGACGAAGAACUUUGGAAACUAAAAAUUUCUUGAAUUUGCAAGCAAAAGUAAUACGGAAUUGUAAAUGGAACUGAGAAGCAUCGUUGAAAAAAUAUGUCGGCGAAUGUAUUACGAUGAGGUGAGAAUUUGUAGAUUGUUAUUGCGAUACGCGUGGAAGAAAAAUUGUUGUUCGAACUGCGCAAAUGGGUGAACAAUUAGAUGGAAGGAAAAAUAAGACGUUGGAUAUCAAUGAAACGGAACAGAAAAGCAUCGUGCUCUGUUAAAGGGCAAGUGGUGGAUGUACAACGUGGACGUAAAUCGAUUGGAGCAGCUGCUCGCAGACUGUUGUUGCGAUACGCGUGGAAUAACAAAUUUUGUAAACCGUGCAAAUGGGUAAACAAUUAAAUGGAGAGAAGAGUAAGAAGCUCGUGGGAGGUAUUACGAUUGAAGACUAUUUGCAAGUCGUUGUUGCGAUACGCAUGGAAGAAGAGAUGCUUCGAACUGUUCAGUUGAGUGAAUAAUUAAGUUGAAGGAGUAGAAGGCUUCUUAUUUGCAGCGAUUGUCGGAUAUAAAAUUGAGAAGAAGAAAAUUGAAGAUGGAAGGAAAUGUAUCUAUCGAAGGAAGAAGAAAGCAGAAGAGGGACAAAGAUACAUGUACGUUAAUCUUAUUAAGAACUUGGCUAGACUUAGAGUUUAUCAAGCCGAGAAAAGCGUGCGUUUAAUUACAAAAGGAGAAAGACUUUCCGCAACAAAUAUUUAAAUAUUUAAGGCAACGAAAAUCGCUGAGGAAUUAAAACCGAGUAAACGGUCCAGCGAUUUCUAUCGAAAUAAUAUUUACCUUUACCGAAACUGCCAGAAGAGAACCACUCACCGAAUGAAUCGCCUAAAAUAGAUAAAAAAUAAAAAUAAAGAAAAAGCAAGAUCAAUCGAUCAACCAAAAAAAAAAAAUAAAUAAACAAAUAAAUAAAUAUAAAAAGCGAGAGCAAUCUAAACCAAUCUUAGGGAGAGAAAGAAGGAAGAAAAUUGCCUGAAAUUCCAGCUGGCUCGAUUCAAGUUUCUUCGACUGUAUCGACAGGAAUGAUCAAGGGUCUCCUUUUCGAAAGAACUAUAGCAUCCUGUCUGCGUUUAGUAUACUUCUCUGCAAGGUCUAGCCGUUCUUCAAUUUCUGCCUGAUGUAUUCGGCUAGCGGGAAGGAGCAGAAAGAUAUUCUGGAAAUUUACGUUGGCCAAGCUGUCUCUAAUCGUGGGAUUACGAGAGGUCGUUGCUCGUGGCCAACGUUUGUUCCAACGGCUGACGAAUCGACGUCGUUUCGACGAAGAAUGGACGCGUCGUAUAAAUCGCUUAUAUCGCGAUUCUUUAUUGCACUCAUCAAUGUUAAGACGCCAAGAUGAAUAGGAAACUUCGACUUGACGCUUUUUGAUGUUUGUUUGGAUGAAAGCGGAGGAGCUGGUUUCUGGAAGAGGCGUAGAAUUCUAUUUGGAGAUGGAUGUAGAACUCUCGAUUGUACGAGGAUUGAAAAGAAACGGGGAGAAGGAAUUGAUGGGACUGGGAUUGUUUAACGGUGAACGUAGAACUUUUAAUUGCACCCUCGACGAACGGAGAAAAGAUAGAAAGAAGAAAUUGAAAGAGUUGCACCGUAUAAUGAUGGGAUCAGUAAGUUUGACCAUGUGUUUGAUAAAUAGCAGAAUGUUGAAAGUAGAGAUCAAGGAAACUACUGAUUUGGUUCUUCGAUAAUGCGUGCCAUGUGAAAAGAUGGAUUUGGUUGUUCAACUUUAGACCUUAACUUUCAACGAAGGAGGAAUAAAUUGAAAGGAGAAAUUGAAGGGAAUAGAUCGUCGAGAGUUAAAACUUGGUGAUAUAGUUUCAAUUUACUUCAGUUCCUAGGUGGAUGAAGAACAGAUUGAAAUCGGAAGUUAGACAGUGUUCGAUAAUGAGUGUGAUCGAUAAUAAUAAAAUACUCUUUGCUGGUUACUCAGUGGCUAUGCAGAAAAGAUUGGACGAAAGCUGAAGAAAAUAGACUAUUGGAAAAUAAAUUUCGUAUAUAAUUUCAAUUUUCUUUUUAGUUCUCGAUGGAUGAAAAAAAGAUUAAAAGCAAAGGUCGAAGAAAGCAGACUAUUCAAAGAUAAACUGAUACGAACGUUCGACCUUAGCCCCUGGUAGAAUAAAGGAAAAGUUAAAAGCAUAGCUUUUCGCACUUUUGCUGUACAUUUAGCGGACGAAGAAAACGUGAAACGUUCGUCUUUCUUAGGCAAAAGAAACGAUAGAAGCAAAAGUCAAAAAGAUUAAAGAAGUUGGACUUCUUAGAGAUCGCUGUAGAACUUUAGACUGUACUUGAUGUAAAGAGAAACUGUACAAUCGAGUGGAGAAUCAAAGGUAUGAAUCUUGUUUUGUGUUCUCGUUCGACGAAACGGUGAGUGAAAGACUGAUUUGUGAAAGUUCGGAGGUGAGAGAGAAAGAAGAGCGUUUAAUAGGUGGAUAAGAUGAUUUUGUUGAAUCGAAGCGUUCAGAACAAUGGCACGAGAACUGUAACGAAUGAUGUCGAUCGGCAGAUAGUUGCCGAGGCGACGACUGUACAAUUGACUAGUAGUAAGCCUGAAAUCCGUUGAUUGGUAACGUAUUGGUAGACCGUUGUUUCUGGUAGCGCGAAAAUCGAUGAACAAGAGAGACAUUAUGCUGCGUGUACUUUUCCAAAAAAAGUCGUUUUUCAAGUUCACUUCAUUUACGGACACAUCGGAUAAUUUUUCAAUCAAGAAAUACCUGUUGUACAAAUUGCAUGCUGUAAUUUCCAAGCUUUUUCCCUAUUUUCUCUUUUUUUCAUUAUCGAAGAAUCUUUAAAUCCUAAAGCUUUAAGAUGAAAACAGAGUUUCCUGUAAAGACAAUUUUCCUCCAUAAAUUAUGCAUUUUACUCUCGCAAAUUUGCUAUAAAAAAGCAACACUUUCACGAUUGUA